AUGGAAAUUAACUUUUAUAGAGAACCAGAUUUAGUUAAAGAAGGAGUCAUACCAAGUGCAGACACGAUUGAUUUGACUGCUGCGAAGAAUGAUGAUACAACUCCUCAGCUAAAGAUUCAAAAAAAAACUCAAGAAAUACUCGGUGAUAAUAAUCUAAUUGAUGGUAUUUCAAUUCGCAAUCCAAAUUAUUUAAAUGAUUAUAUUCGUUCACAAAGGACGAAAUUAGCAGGUUUUGUUGAAAAGACCAAUGGGAAGAUAAAUGAUGCGACAUCACGAUAUAUUGAUAAAGAACAAAAUAUCACUACUACUAUAAAAGAUUUACAUACAAAUCCUGAGGAAAAAUUACUACCUGGCUUAUCAUAUACCGCGGUUGCAUUUAUGACUGGGUCAAUAUUAGUUAGUAAAAGGAACUUCAUGCUUAGAUAUACUGUUCCUAUGGUUUUGGGGAUAUCAUGUUUUAGUAUUGUUAUGCCAUGUACUUUUAACAAUGUUAAACACUUAACAUAUAAUUUAGAAAAUAAAUAUAUGCCUAAUUUUACUAGAAGGCAAGAUAUGAUUAAUGACAAGAUUAGGAAAAAUGCCGCAUUCAUACGUUCAUCUAUGGUUAAAAAUAUGGAUAUUAUUUCGAAGCCGUUUUAUAAAUUACAAGGAUACCUCCCUAAGUGGAUGAAUGAUACAUCGAAGUGA